AUGGAGAGCGGUGAUCCACGUGGAAGAGAGGAUGCAGCGCUUAUUGAGGAAUCAAAGAAAGAGGUAGAAGACAAACUAGAGUGUUGGAGGAAAACUCUGGAAUCGAAGGGCUUCGAACUCAAUGGAACCAAGACGGAGUAUUUGAGGUGUGAUUUCGAAGACACCAAGCCUGAUGCUGGAGAAGUCUUACUGGACGGGAAGAUUGUACCAAGGAAAGAAUCCUUCCAUUAUUUGGGAUCCAUGAUCAAAAGUGAUGAGGAUAUCCGUGAGGACAUUCGACAUAGAACCCAGGUAGGGUGGGCAAAAUGGAAAUUGGCGACGGGAGUCCCGUGUGACCGUAAGGUCCCAGCUAAACUAAAAGGAAGUUCUACAAAACGGCGAUCCGACCUGUGA